AUGGUAAGCGAAUCGAAAGCUCUACAAACCCUAUCCAACUACAACAAAGGCAACGCAAGAAAUCCCAACCUCAUCUACAACGGUCUACGCAUCCCGGGUGCCGAAUUCCAUCUCGGCUCUCAAGUAUGGUAUUACUCAUGCGAUGACGAUGGGGAUGUGAGAAUUUUUCAAGCACGUAUUACCGAGGGCCCCAUUCUUUGCUGUCGAGUGAUGAGGAUACUGGGCGUUGAGAGAUAUAUUUGGCAUACUUAUUGUAUUAAGUAUGUGGAUGCGAGGGAUGCGAGGGAUGCGAUGAGGGAGCCGAGGGAGAUAAAUCUUAUUGAAGUGCCUGAGAUGUGUUUGAGGGAAUUAGAGUGUUAA